AUGCGAGACCUGUGCUUUGCUGUCCCUUCCCUAAGUGAAAGCCCGCCGUCUCCUGGGCCCUGCCGCGGGCGGGCUCGUGCAGCGAAGCCCUGGCACUCGCAGGCCGCGGGGGUAGCCAGCAGUGGCUUCCGGGAGCUGCUGGGAGCGCUAAGUCUGGAGGCGCGUGGGAUCCACGCGAAGCUCACCAGGUCCCCAUGGCUGCUGUUGGCUCCUUUGCUGUCCCCAACUGCCCCCCAGGUCACCUCCCCGCCCUGCUGCCUGUGCCCGGAGGGCGUGCACCGGUUCCAGUGGAUCCGAAACCUGGUCCCGGAGUUCGGCAUCUGCAGCUCCCACGUCAGGGUGCUCUCCGCCCCCACUGAGUUUUUUGAGCUCAUGAAGGGGCAGAUCCAAGCAGCCAAGAGGCGGGUCGUGAUGGCGUCUCUCUACCUGGGGACAGGUCCUUUGGAACAGGAACUGGUGGACUGUCUGGAGAGCACGCUGGAAAAGUCACUCCAAGCGAAGUGUCCUUCCGACCUCAAGGUGUCCAUUCUCCUGGACUUCAUGCGGGGUUCCAGAGGCAGGAAGAACUCCCGCACGAUGCUGCUCCCGCUCCUGCAGCGGUUUCCGGGGCAGGUCCGCGUCUCCCUCUUCCACACCCCGAACCUCCGCGGGCUGCUCCGCCUCCUGAUGCCCGAGCGCUUCAACGAGACCAUCGGCCUGCAGCACAUCAAGGUGUACCUCUUUGACGACAACGUCAUCCUGAGUGGCGCCAACCUGAGUGACUCCUACUUCACCAACCGCCAGGACCGCUACGUGUUCUUGCAGGACUGUCCCGACAUCGCGGACUUCUUCACGGAGCUGGUGGACGCCGUGGGCGAUGUGUCCCUGCAGCUGCAGGGCGACGACACCGUGCAGGUGGUGGAGGGCAUGGUGCAUCCUUACAAAGGUGACCGGGCUGCGUACUGCGAGGCCGCCCACGCACGGGUCAUGGGCGUCAUCAACGCGGCCCGGCCCCGCCAGCAGAUGCUGCACGCGCAGACCUUCCACAGCGACUGCCUCGGGCCCCGGGAGGACGCUGCGGCCGCUGGUGACCGCAGGCCCGCGCCAGACACGUGGAUCUACCCGCUGGUCCAGAUGAAGCCCUUCGAGAUCCGGAUCGACGAGGCGGUCACCGCGGCCCUGCUGACCGAGGCCGAGUGCGGGGCCCGGGUCUACCUCACCACUGGCUACUUCAACCUGACCCAGGCCUACAUGGACCUGGUCCUGGGCACGCGGGCCGAGUACCAGAUCCUGCUGGCCUCCCCGGAGGUGAACGGCUUCUUCGGGGCCAAGGGGGUGGCGGGCGCCAUCCCGGCCGCCUACGUGCACAUCGAGCGGCAGUUCUACCAGGAGGUGUGCAGCCUGGGGCAGCAGGAGCGGGUGCAGCUGCAGGAGUACUGGCGGCGGGACUGGACCUUCCACGCCAAAGGCCUCUGGCUGUACCUGGCCGGCAGCGGCCUGCCCUGCCUCACCUUGAUUGGCUCUCCUAAUUUUGGGUACAGGUCGGUGCACCGGGACCUGGAGGCCCAGAUCGCCAUCGUGACGGAGAGCCAGGCCCUGCAGCAGCAGCUGCACCAGGAGCAGGCGCAGCUGUACCUGCGGUCGGGCGUGGUAUCCCCCGCCACCUUCCAGCAGCCGGGUCGGCAGGUGAAGCUGUGGGUGAAGAUGGUGACCCCGCUGAUCAAGAACUUCUUCUGAGGACACAGGGAUGGCCUUGAUGAAGAUGACGGGCAUGGCCGGCGUCAGCUCCUUCAGCCGCGCCUCGGCGAUGACCCCGGUCUGCGUGUCCCA